CUUCUCUCUUCAAUCCUCCACUAAGCUCUCUCAGUCUCUCUCUCUGCUUCGGUUUUUCGCACUCCGCUUCAUACAAUCAUCAUGGCCAUGGUUGAGACACAAUCCUCAAAGCGCCAAAGAGAUGAGGCACAAGAAACCCAGAUGUUAGAGGAACCCAAUAAGCGCCAACACAAGUCCUACAACCACAUACUCUCUCUUCUUGAAGAAGAAGAAGAGGUGCCCGCCCAGGACUUGAACUUUCUCAUUACAACUUUCCAGCAGGAGCUCUCGUCUGAUGAUUCUCUUUCGAAUACGGACCAGCUCGGUAGCAUAACCACAGUAGAUGCCUCGGAAGGGUACAACUCCUCUUCCUCCGGCUCUUCUUCUCCUUCUUCCUCCUCGGCACUGUUCUUGAAAGAAGGUGACGAGCAGGAGCGGGAGAGUAGCGUCGAGAUGGUUAUGAGACACCUUCUAGAAGCUUCCGACGACGAGCUAGGGAUUCCCCAGCGGGAGGUUGGAAGUGGGUAUGAGGAUGCGGAGGAGGCAGUGUUUAGUUCUGGGGAUAAUUGGCUUUCUCUUUGUGAUGGGUUGUGGGAGCUUGAAGAUGAAGCUGCCAACUACUAUGCCCUGGUGCAAUCUGAACUGUUCAUGUAGUAGCGAUGGGGUGAAAUGCCAAAAAAAAGGAUCUAAUUGUGGCUUUGGGAGAUAAGUGUACCCAGAGGCUAGAGGGAGAUGUAGAGAAGUGGAAAGUCUUUUAAAUUUUCAUUUUGGUCCCUCUUGGUUUGUGGAAAGUGGAAACUGUCCAAUGGUCCUGUUCUUCACUCUUUAGAAGAUUAACUUGUAGAAGGAAAGAAAUUGAAGAUAUUAAUUUUUUACCAUCCUUUUCUAA